CCCCGGGGGCUGCCGGCGGGUCUGGGGGUGUCAGGAAGGGAGCACUGGGCUGGAGGGCAGCUGGGAACAGGGGAAGGGGAGAGCAGGGAGAGGCGGCCUCGGGGGCAGCUCAGGCCGUGUCCCCUCAUGUCCCUUCAUUGUGUUCCCUUGUGUCCCCUCACCACCUCCCCAUCUCAUCUCCCCUUGUUUCCCCUCAUGUUCCCUCACCUCCCCUUGUCUUCCCUCACCAGCUUCCUCUGUUCCCUAUCACCUCCCCUCAUGUCCCCUCAUGUCCUCCUACCAUCUCCCCUCAUGCCCCGUCCACCAUCUCCCCUCUUUUCCCCUCAUUGUCCCUCCUCAUUGUGUCCUCUCUUGUCCCCUCAUCAUCUCUCCGUGUCAUCUCCUCUCGUCAUCUCUCCUUGUCUCCCCUCGCAUCCCUUCACCACGUCCCCUGCUGUCUCCUUGUGUCCCUUCAUCGCCUGCCCCAGCUCCCCUUUCACCUCCCCUGCUGUCCCCGCUGUCCCCGCUGUCCCCGGGCCCGGGGCCGGUCUCCAUCCCCGCCCGGCGCUCCCGGGCCGCAGCGGGAAGGGGGAGCGUGACCCACUUUCCUCCGGUCCGGCCUCGCUGCCGCCGUGGCCGCGGGCGGGCGGCGCCACCGGGAGCCCCAGCACGGCUCGGGGACCGGGGACAGGGCGGCCCGGCCUCGACACCGCUCUGUGCGGGACCCUCGGGGCUGGCUGUCCGUGUGCCGAGCCCCCGACCCGCCCGGUGUCACCGUGCGUGUCACCGUGCCCUGCUGCGGGAGCAGAGCACCAGAGGUGGGAGCAUCUCCUUCACGGGAGCAUCUCCUCCACGGGAGCCCCCCAGCCGGCUGCAGGCUGAGCUGGGGGCACACAAAGCCUUGCAGAGACUCAGGGCUGGCUUUGUGGCACAGGGACGUGUCCCUGUUGUCGCCAGGAACGAGGGGGCCGGCUGGCCCUGCCGCGGAUCGGGCAGGUGCCGCUCGCUCGGGGCGUUUGUCUUUGCAGAUCCCAACCGUGCGGGGCUGCCGGCGCUGGCGGAAGAGUUUUUGGGAGGGAGAUGAUGACAGGCUGAUGAAACCAAUCAAACAAUGAAGUAAUCACAAGUCCCCGGUGCUGGCGGCGAAGGCGGGAGGAGCUGCGGGCUGGAGGAGCUGAGGUCCUAAGGAAGCCAAUCCUGCUCGGCAGCAAAACCCCGGGAGGCCAGGAGCUCUGCAAGGCAGCCAAGGUCCUGUCAUCGGGGCCGAUGGACAGAGACAGCGCCGUGUGCGGGAGGGCAGGGAAAAUCCUGCUGGCAGCUCGGAGGGCACAGGGACGGUGGCAGGAAGGAGGAGCGGCGGAGGAGAGUCCCGGCGCUGCUUUGUUUGCUCUUGCCGAAUCGCUUGUGAAACCUGAAUCCUGGGACCAGAGGCUGAGGAAGCUUGUCACAGAAUGCUGGCCAGGACGGGAGACGGUUCCUGCAGAGGGGGACACCGCGGAUGGCUGUGACAGGGCCUGACCCUGCCCUGCAUCUGGAACAUCUGCACUGGGAGAGCAGUGCCUGGCCGAGCGUUAUUGGCUUUGCCGAGGAGAAUCCUGCUGCCAGGCAGGCUGCUGUGCCCUGGGCAAGGAGCUGCGCAACCAUGAGCGCGGGCUCGAUUGAGCAGGAGCCGUCGCGCAAGCUGGGCUGCUGCGGGGUGCCCCUGAUCACCGAGGACAUGCAGUCCCUGGCCAUCCGCACCCUCUCGGGCACCGACAUCACCAAGCACUACGACCUCAUCCGCGAGCUCGGCAAGGGCACCUACGGCAAGGUGGACCUGGUGUCCCACAAAAGCACAGGCACCAAGAUGGCCCUGAAGUUUGUCAACAAGAGCAAGACCAAGCUGAAGAACUUCCUGCGGGAAUUCAGCAUCACCAACACGCUCUCCUCCAGCCCCUUCAUCAUCAAGGUCUUUGACGUGGUCUUCGAGACCGAGGACUGCUACGUGUUCGCUCAGGAGUACGCCCCCGGCGGGGACCUCUUCGACAUCAUCCCGCCUCAGGUGGGGCUCCCCGAGGAGCUGGUGAAGCGCUGCGUGCAGCAGCUGGGCCUGGCCCUCGACUACAUGCACAGCAAGAGCCUGGUGCACCGGGACAUCAAACCGGAGAACGUGCUGCUCUUCGACCGCGACUGCCGCCGCGUCAAGCUGGCGGAUUUCGGCAUGACGCGCAAGGUGGGCUGCCGGGUCAAGCGCAUCAGCGGCACCAUCCCCUACACGGCGCCCGAGGUGUGCCAGGCCGGCCGCGCCGAGGGCUUCGCCGUGGACACCAGCAUCGACGUCUGGGCCUUUGGGGUGCUCAUCUUCUGCGUGCUCACCGGCAACUUCCCCUGGGAGGCGGCCGUGGCGUCCGACGCCUUCUUCGAGGAGUUCGUGCGGUGGCAGAAGGGGCGGCUGGCGGGGCUGCCCUCGCAGUGGCGCCGCUUCACGGACAGCGCCCUGCGCAUGUUCCAGCGCCUGCUGGCCCUCGACCCCGAGAAGCGCUGCCCCGUCAAGGAGGUUUUCUACUUCAUCAAGUGCGACCUCAUGGCCGAGGUGCGGUGCCGGCCCUCGUACCGCUCCCGCAAGCACGCCAGGGACAAGCUCCCGGCCGGGCCGCACUGCCACGAGGCCGGCGGCUCCUGCACCCCCGCCCCGCUCAAGAGGACCGUCCUGACCGAGGGGAGCGGAGCGGCCCGCCCCGAGCCCGGCGCAGCCGCCCCGGGCCCGGCCAGCAGGACAGACGGACGGCAGGACAAGGGCAAGGGGCAGAUGGUCCUGGCCACAGCAAUAGAGAUCUGCGUGUGACGGCGGCGCGACCCGCCCGUCCCCCGCCCCGGGGACAGCGAUGGGGGAGCACGCCGUGGUGGCGGCACGAGCCGGGACCGGGCUCUGGGUUUCCCAAAGGAAAAAACAAACAAAAGGAAAAGCAACACGAUGGAAGAGGAAAAGGACAGAACUGGUUGCGCUCCGUAGCGCCGAGUAUGCCGAUCCCCCCGCCCCGCCUGGGCGAGGCCCGUGGCCGGGGCGCAGCCGAGGGCGCCGCUCGCUGCUGGGGAGGCCGGGGGCACCCACAGCCCUGGCACGGCUGUGCUGCCCCUCCGAGGCUCCCCGGGGCACGGGGAGGGGUCUCCCAGGGCGGGGGGAAGAGUCGGGGGCAGCGGCGAUGCACGGGCUCUGCCCCAGCCCUGCUCACCCCGCCCGGAGCGGGAAGGCCGAUGACCCUGCUCGGUGGAGGAGGCCUUUGGGGGUUUGGGUGGGUGGUGAUUUGCCCUCUUCCGCCGGUCCCUGCCGCGCUGUGGGACCGGGAGGGCGCGGGGAGGCGGGUGACGGGGAGCCGGGGGUCGCCAGCAGCCCCCGACCCCGGCGGCCCCGGCUGCCUCCCUGCCGUGGGAGGUGCUGGCAGCCAUUGAUGUAGCAAGUGUCCCUGUGUGCGUGUCGUUGUGUGUCCCAGCCGCUGCCAUGGCAGCCCCUGCCCCGGGCCGGUGCCGGCCGUGCCGCAGGGUGGGUGCUCGGGCCGGGCUGGCUCUGCCGUGCCGCUGUCCCCUGUGCAGCCCCUUUGUACCCAGGGAGCGGGGCAGGUGGCAGCGGUGCCCCCAGGCUGGCCUGCACAGCCCAUGGGCAGGGCAGGGAGCUCCGAGCGCUCUCCCGCGGGCCCGCCCGCCUCUCUGUGCUGUCCCCAUCACCCCUCCUCGCUGUCACCCCUUCCCCACCCUGUCACCUCCCCUGGGGCUGGCGGGGACAGCGGGACAGGCCCUGCCGGGGCUGGCUGCAGCCACCGGUGGCCCCGCAGUGACAAUGUCCUGGGCUGUGCGUGGAGGUCACACCUUCCCUCCUGGAUUCGGGCACCCAGCAGAGCGGGGAGCUCCCCCGCCGCCGCUGUGGGGGCGCCCCAAGGCAAGAGCACCCUGCUGUGGUUCGGGCUUCCCUCGCACGGGGUGGGUGCCGUGGGGCGGCCCCGGUGCCCCAAUUCCCCACAAAGGGCUAUAACGCUUUCCAGCAGCAGCAGCAGCCGCAGUUUACAGAGCAGGGGCCGCCCCCGCCCCCGCCGUGCCCCGUCCCCGGCACCCCCGGGCCCGGCGUUAGACGUAGCAUUGCCCCACGUAGAGAGCUAGGCACCGGUUUUACUCCUCUUUGCCUUAGGUCCCUCGAUGUCCUCGAUCUUUCGUGCAAUAAUGUAGAUAAGGGAUCCCGGCCGCCCCGGGAGGGCUCGGUGGCACCGCCCGGCUGUGCCCCAGGGGGUGCCCGGUGUGAUUUCUGUCCCCGUCGAGGUCGCUGUGUCCGUAGGUUGUCAGGUUUUUAUUUCCAGUUCCCUCAGCUGUCGGGUUUCGGGCCUUCUUCCCGUAGGAGAGGCUGUAGUGUCACAGACGUUACCUCAGUUUGUCACUGUUGAAAAGGAUUUCAAAAAACCACAACUGAAACCAUAAAAAAAAAAAAAAGACAAAAUACAUAGUUAUAAAAGCAACAAAAAAUUUCUCAA